CUCGGCGCCGACCGACCGACCGGCAGGCGGCUGGCGGCCCGCGAGGGGGCGGCGGCGGCGCCCGGGCUUUGUGGCCGCGGCGCGCGCGGCGGGGCCUGGCCGGCCGGGGGCGCGCCGUCGCCGCCGCCGCCGUCCGGCGCUCGGGAGAGCCCGCGGCCCUGCCGGCCGCGCCGCCUGUGAGAGAAGCCGAGGCCGCCCGCGCUCGCGUCUCGCCGGCCCCUCCCACCGGUCGUCACGGCCGUCGCGCCGCCGCUGCAGGAUAGCAAAGGGCCAGGAGAAAUCUAGUGGAAAAUGCAAAACAACGAAAUCAUAAAACCUGCCAAAUACUUCUCCGAAUUGGAAAAGAGCAUCUUGUUGGCUUUGGUAGAAAAGUACAAAUAUGUGCUGGAGUGUAAGAAGAGCGACGCACGCACUAUCGCCCUCAAGCAGCGCACCUGGCAGGCGCUGGCCCAUGAGUACAACUCCCAGCCCAGCGUGUCGCUGCGGGAUUUCAAACAGCUGAAGAAGUGCUGGGAGAACAUCAAGGCUCGGACCAAAAAAAUCAUGGCCCACGAAAGGAGGGAGAAGGUGAAACGGAGUGUGAGCCCGCUGUUAGGCGCCCACGUCCUGGGGAAGGAGAAGAUGGCUAGCAUGUUGCCGGAGCAGCUCUACUUCCUGCAGAGUCCUCCCGAGGAGGAGCCGGAGUACCGUGCAGAUGCUGCAGCUCCAGAAUCAUUUGCUGUUUCAAAUAGAGAACUGUGCGAUGAUGAGAAAGAGUUCAUACAUUUUCCAGUAUGUGAGGGGACCUCUCAACCUGAACCCUCGUGUUCAGCUGUCAGAAUAACAGCCAAUAAAAACUACAGGAGCAAAACCUCUCAGGAAGGUGCUUUAAAAAAGAUGCAUGAGGAAGAACACCAUCAACAAAUGUCCAUCUUACAGCUGCAACUGAUACAAAUGAAUGAGGUGCAUGUGGCCAAAAUCCAACAGAUAGAGCGAGAGUGUGAGAUGGCAGAGGAGGAACACAGGAUAAAAAUGGAAGUUCUCAAUAAAAAGAAGAUGUAUUGGGAAAGAAAACUACAAACUUUUACUAAGGAGUGGCCUGUUUCCUCAUUUAACCGGCCCUUUCCCAAUUCACCCUGAGACCUUGGGGAUGGCUCCUGGUGGGCAAAGAAAGUCUGGAUCCUGAACUUGUGGUCAGUAACCUGUAACAGAGCUACAACUAGGAAACUUAGAUUGGUAGUAGUCACUUAUUUAAGAAUACAUUCAGGUAAACAGUUGCACCCCAUGUACCCCUGAAGUGGCCAAGAAGUUGUUAGUCUUUGAAAAAUUAUCACUAUGAGUGCUAUAAUUCUGAAUGUAAUGCCUCUUAAUUAGAAUUCAUGAAAGAA